GGCGGCGGCGGCGGGGGCAGCGGCAGCCCCGGCGCCGCGGCGAGGACUCGGCGGGCUGAGGCGCGGCGGCGGGGGCGGCACCGGGUGCGUGGGGCGCGGCGGCCGGAGCCCGGGGCCCGCCAUGGGCCGCCCCGAGCGGGGCGCGCUCCGGCCGCUGGCGCUGCUGCUGCUGCUGCUGCUGCGGCUCCAGCAUCUCGCGGCGGCGGCGGCGGAUCCACUGCGCGGCGGCCAAGGGCCGGUCAAGGAGUGCGAAGAGAACCAGUUCCGGUGCCGGAACGAGCGCUGCAUCCCCUCCGUGUGGAGAUGCGACGAGGACGACGACUGCUCGGACAACAGCGACGAGGACGACUGCCCCAAGAAGACCUGUGCGGACAGCGACUUCACCUGUGACAACGGCCACUGCAUCCCCGAGCGGUGGAAGUGUGAUGGCGAGGAGGAGUGUCCCGACGGUUCCGAUGAGUCCGAGGCCGCUUGCACCAAGCAGGUGUGUCCCGCAGAGAAGCUGAGCUGUGGACCCACCAGCCACAAGUGUGUGCCCGCCUCAUGGCGCUGUGAUGGGGAGAAGGACUGCGAGAGUGGAGCAGACGAGGCCGGCUGUGCCACCUUGUGCGCCCCGCACGAGUUCCAGUGCAGCAACCGCUCGUGCCUGGCCGCCGUGUUCGUGUGCGAUGGCGACGACGACUGCGGCGACGGCAGCGACGAGCGCGGCUGCGCCGACCCGGCCUGCGGGCCCCGCGAGUUCCGCUGCGGCGGCGACGGCGGCGCCUGCAUCCCCGAGCGCUGGGUCUGCGACCGCCAGUUCGACUGCGAGGACCGCGCCGACGAGGCGGCCGAGCUGUGCGGCCGCGCCCCGGGGCCCACGCCUGCGCCCGCCGCCUGCACCGCCGCCGCCCAGUUCGCCUGCCGCAGCGGCGAGUGCGUGCACCUGGGCUGGCGCUGCGACGGCGACCGCGACUGCAAGGACAAGUCGGACGAGGCCGACUGCCCGCUGGGGACCUGCCGUGGGGACGAGUUCCAGUGUGGGGAUGGGACUUGUGUCCCUGCAGUCAAGCUCUGCAACCAGGAACAGGACUGUCCAGACGGGAGUGACGAAGCUGGCUGCCUGCAGGAGUCAACAUGUGAGGGUCCGCGCAGAUUUCAGUGUAAGAGUGGCGAGUGCGUGGACGGCGGGAAAGUGUGUGAUACUCAGAGGGACUGCCGGGACUGGUCGGAUGAGCCUCUGAAAGAGUGUGGGCUGAACGAGUGUCUGCACAACAAUGGUGGCUGCUCCCACAUCUGCUCCGACCUCAAGAUUGGCUUUGAGUGCACAUGCCCAGCGGGCUACCGGCUCUUGGACCAGAAGACCUGUGGCGACAUUGACGAGUGUGAGGACCCAGACGCCUGCAGCCAGAUCUGUGUCAACUACAAAGGCUACUUUAAGUGCGAGUGCCACCCUGGCUACGAGAUGGACACACUGACCAAGAACUGCAAGGCUGUCGCUGGCAGAAGUCCGUCGCUAAUCUUCACCAACCGGCACGAAGUACGGAGGAUAGACCUGGUGAAGCGGGACUACUUGCGCCUCAUCCCCAUGCUCAAGAACGUCGUGGCACUGGAUGUCGAAGUUGCCACCAAUCGCAUCUACUGGUGUGACCUCUCCUACCGCAAGAUCUACAGCGCCUACCUGGACAAGGCCAGUGACCCGGCAGAGCAGGAGGUCCUCAUUGAUGAGCAGCUGCACUCUCCAGAGGGCCUGGCAGUGGACUGGGUCCACAAGCACAUCUACUGGACUGACUCGGGCAACAAGACCAUCUCAGUGGCCAAAGUCGAUGGCAGCCGCCGUUGCACUCUCUUCAGCCAUAACCUCAGUGAACCCCGGGCCAUUGCUGUUGACCCCCUGCAAGGGUUCAUGUAUUGGUCUGACUGGGGGUACCAGGCCAAGAUCGAGAAAUCUGGGCUCAACGGUGUGGACCGACAAACACUGGUGUCAGACAAUAUUGAGUGGCCCAACGGAAUCACCUUGGAUUUGUUGAACCAGCGCUUGUACUGGGUAGACUCCAAGCUGCACCAGCUGUCCAGCAUUGACUUCAGUGGAAGCAACAGAAAGAUGCUGAUUUCCUCCCCUGACUUCCUGAGCCACCCUUUUGGGAUAGCUGUGUUUGAGGACAAGGUGUUCUGGACAGAUCUGGAGAAUGAGGCCAUUUUCAGUGCAAAUCGGCUCAAUGGCCUGGAAAUCUCCGUCCUAGCUGAGAACCUCAAUAACCCACAUGACAUUGUCAUCUUCCAUGAGCUGAAGCAGCCAAGAGCUGCAGAUGCCUGCGAGCUGAGUGCCCAGCCCAAUGGAGGCUGUGAGUACUUGUGCCUUCCUGCCCCUCAGAUCUCCAGCCACUCUCCCAAGUACACGUGUGCCUGUCCUGACACAAUGUGGCUGGGCCCAGACAUGAAGAGGUGCUACCGAGCACCUCAAUCUACCUCAACUACGACGUUAGCCUCUACCACGACGAGGACAGUAGCCGACACCACAGGAGCCCCUGGGACCACCAUCCACAGCCCCACCUACCAGAACCACAGCACAGAGACACCGAGCCUGGCAGCUGCGGUCCCAAGCUCAGUUAGUGUCCCCAGGGCUCCCAGCAUCAGCCCGUCUACCCCAAGCCCUGCAACCAGCAACCACUCCCAGCACUAUGGGAAUGAAGGCGGCAAGAUGGGCUCAACAGUUACUGCUGCUGUCAUUGGGAUCAUCGUGCCCAUCGCGGUAAUUGCCCUGCUGUGCAUGAGCGGCUACCUGAUCUGGAGAAACUGGAAGCGGAAGAACACCAAGAGCAUGAAUUUUGACAACCCAGUGUACAGGAAAACAACAGAAGAAGAGGACGAGGAUGAGCUCCACAUAGGGAGGACUGCUCAGAUUGGCCAUGUCUAUCCUGCAGCAAUCAGCAGCUUUGAUCACCCACUGUGGGCAGAGCCCUGUCUUGGGGAGACCAGAGAACUGGAAGACCCAGCCCCUGCCCUCAAGGAGGUUUUUGUCUUGCCGGGGGAACCAAGGUCACAGCUGCACCAACUCCCGAAGAACCCUCUUUCCGAGCUGCCUGUCGUCAAGUGCAAGCGAGUGGCAUUAAGCCUUGAAGAUGAUGGACUGCCCUGAGGAUGGGACCACUCCCUUCGUGCCUCAUGGAAUUAAGUCCCAUGCACUACACACUGGAUGGUGUAUGCCUGGAUGAAAGGGUUUCUGUAUAUGGGUCUGUGUGAGUGUGUGUGAGUGUGUGUGUGUGUGUGUGUGUGUAAUUUUUUUUAAUUUAUGUUGCAGAAAGGUAACCACAAAGUUAUAAUGAACUGCAAACAUCCAAAGGAUGUGAGAGUUUUUAUAUGUAUAAUGUUUUAUACACUUUUUAACUGGUUGCACUACCCAUGAGGAAUUCAUGGAAUGGCUACUGUUGAGUGACUAACAUGAUGUACAUGACCAAAUGGGGCCGAUGGUACAGUAGCUUACUCAUCAUUUAAAACUAUAUUUACAGACGGUAUUUGAUUUGGGGGGCUUUUUUAGGUUUUGGAGUUUUGUUUUUUUUUGUAAAUAAAAGGAUUAUGCUUUGUGGCUAUCCAUCAACAUAAGUAAAAAAAAAAGAAAAAAACACUUCAACUCCCUCCCUCAUUUAGAUUAUUUAUUAACAUAUUUCAAAAAUAAGAUUAGUUCUACAAAUAAUUUAGAGACAUGAGAGUAUUUAUUUUUGGUAUGAUUGGCCCACCAUGCGGACUCUGUGUGCAUUUAUGUUUAUGUGUGUAUGUAUGUGAGACAGAAAAAUCUGUAGAGGAGAGGUGCACCUAUGGCUAUUGUUCAAAUACAUAAAGAUAAAUAUAUUUUAAAACCGUCCACAAAAAAGGUAUCUGGUUUUCAGAAAAGCCUUUGGAAAUUUGGCUUAGGAAACAGAUACCAUGGUUUAUGCAAACAUGUAGUGGAAGAGACAGAUCUUUUCCACCUCUGGCUAUUCCUGGGACCCCAGUCAGUCAGGAAAAACCCUUCUGCUCACCCAUGGCUGCUGUGACUCCCAUCUGGGCUUUCUCUUCUCUGGCAAAGGCCAGUGUGCAGACUUGACACAAUGCCAGAAGUUCUCAUGAGCUCAAGGAGAACAUGCCUGCAUUUCAGCUAUUCCUUAUUUUAAAGUUCAACUAUUUGAGUAACUUCAGUUUCCUUCAGGACACUUGAGUUGAAUUCAGUAAGUUUCCUCUGGAGCACCCUGAGGUGCCAUCCUAGAGAGAGCUAAGUGGAGACAUUUCUACAACAGCCUCAGUUUACUCUAGGGACUGGCUCAGGCAGUCCUCUGAGAUAUGCUAUGGAUGAGGAUAAGGAUGAUGGAAUUGGUUUUAUUACAUCUCUGUUUCUCCCUUCCCCUUAUUCUCUACCAUUUCCUUUAGGUGAGGAAAACAUUUCGAAGUAAUACAUAGGUUUGUUACCAUCAUGUGUUCAUAUAGAUGAAACUAAUUUUUGGCUUAAGUCAGAAAAAGUGACCAAACCUGAAGUCAUAUUUGACAGAGGAAGUGGCAUACGCAAUAUUAUAAUAUAUUAGAUAUAUAUGUUCACACAGGGAUUUGGUUUACUGUUUUAUAAAUAAAAGGAAAAACUCUGGGUAUAUGUAUAGAUUUUUUUCAUUAUAGACACUGUCUUUGCUUUUCCUGGGCCUUGGGGGAGCCAGGGAGAAGUGCUCUUUUCUCUUUGUGGGGUCUACCAUUGGAAACCAUUGUAAUCCUACAGUCCCAGAAGGAAUUCAGUCCCUGCUGGCUCUCUCAUGCAAGGUGUGGUCUUUUCUUGACUCUGCUGUUCUGCUACUUCACUCCCACUGGACAACCUGGGACAAGGUGUGACACAGAAGUGUUUGGCUUAAGUAGGAGCAGAGGACGUGUAUCUAACCUUAACAUACCUGGAACUUGACACAGUUAAGCAAACUCCUCCCCUCUUCUCCCCGGCUGCCCCCAAUUCAGUGAAGUUUGGAUGUCUCACCAGCAUGAUACCUUUUCCAGGCAGACAUUCUGGAGUUCUAUCACCCUAUUCCUAGGACCUUCCUCUACAUCACUCAUGGUCUCCUAACCUCUGAGAAAACAACUGUGUUCUGGAGCCUGGGCACUGUGCUUUGCAUAAACAGGCAAUUUCCUCGUGAUGCGCAUGUGUUGAUAGUCCUGAAACAGUCAUUGAGAGGGUAAAUGCAAGUGACCUAGAAUGACCAAUACCAAACAGAAUUUUAAGAACAGGUGUCCAACUCCUAUGGAGCUUAAAUCACUUACUACUAUUCUUUCAAGAAUGGAAAGUAACAUUAUUUUUGACUGAAGAAAAAUGAUGAAAGUGAAAAAACACUGAAAUUUACACAAAACAAGCAACUUUUUCUGUAACCUGCCUCCAGAGAAAUAGCAUUUCCUGGGGAAAUAAUAACAGUGACUCAUGCAUAGUUUCCAAACUUUCAGUCAGAUCCUCGUCUUCCCAGAAAAAAGUAAUAAUGAAUGGAGUCAGGACAAUUCAGCUUGAGAUCUCAAAAUGAUGACAAAACACAACUUUCUCAGAGACAUCCAUGUUUUCUGAAUAUGCCACAACUGCGGUUUGAAAGAGGCGGCUAUGGGAACAACCUAUAAAAAACCAACUGUGGAAUACUCAUGUGUUGGAUGGCAGUAAGUAAGAUGAAAUCUGGGGAGUUCUGUCCAUCCAUCUCCUAUUCUUGGAGGCCUUUGAGCCUUAUUUUGAGGUGUAGUUGCAUUUCUGUUGCCUUUUAGCCCUGUGCCAUUAUAUCUACAGCCAAUAACAGAUCAUAGAGUCAUUGGACUAUAGAGCUGGAAGGAAGCUUAGAGAUAAUGCCAGGAGGACAGAAAAUUAAUUUAUCAGACAUUUUUUCUCUAUUUAAAAGAAAUGGUCGCAGUCCUUUGCUUCUUUCCUUCUUUGGGAGACUACUUUGGGCUGCUUGAACAUUGAACAUCUUAUGGCUUAUCUUUCCAGCGGAAUCAUUAGGGCACUGGCUGGAAUGGCCUUCCAGAAACAGGAAAAACUAAAAUUUUAUUUAUUUACUCUUGAUAUCAUGAUUAUUUAUAAAACAGAUUGAGAUUCUGUAACCUGGGAAUGAGAUUGGAUUUAAAUUAAUGGCAAUAUGUACUACUGAUCCCUCCAGUUUUCUCUCUGUGAUUACAGUAUAUUCAUUCACUGAAACCAUUUGCUAGGUACCAACUAAGAGCCAGGCACUGCAGAUGUACAGGUCAAUCAAAGGUUUUCUAUCCUUAUGGAGCUCACAGUAACAACAGAGGAAGACGUGUGCGGAAACAAAGGAAUAGAUUCUUUUCGAGGUAAUGUUAGGGUACAAAGGAGAGGUCAUUUCUACCUGAGGAGAUAAGGAAUGGGGUCAAGAAAGGCAUUGCAGGAGAAGUGACCUGAAGCUAAGUCUUAAGUACUGGUGUCUAGGCUGCUUCAGGCAGAGGAGACACUGAGCUAAGACAGGCAUGAAACAGCAUGGGGACUUUAAGGAACUGCAUGUAAUUCAUUAUAACGAGCAAAAGGCUCAAGGGAGACUUAGCAAAAGAUGAAGCUGGAUGGAAAGACAGGUUCAAUGUAAGCACUUUAUAGAAUACUUCUAUUUAAUUUCCGAGUCAAUUAAGCAAAUACUUCUUGGUCAUUUAUUGUACACAAGGCGCUAAGUGCAUCAUGGGAAAUUCAUCAGGAUGCAUUGCCAGCGCUUUGCAGACAUGACAGUCUUCAGCCUCAAGCUUUCCAGUGGCCAAAGGGAAACACUGACUGCUUUUCAUAUAUUUGAGUCAAAGUUUUCGAUAUGGUCAAUGAAAACUAAUAUAAAGGCAGUGGGAUUUUCACAGAAGCAUUCCACGUUGUCAGGAGCCUCUGAGAUUUUCUCAACAGUGAGAAAGAAAACUGGAAAUUUUGAAGACGUGGAGUCUGGAGAGGGGACCCCAAGUACUGUCCAGUCAGGCACUGGUGGCAGUGGGGAGAGGGCACAGGAAUGUGAGCCUCCCUACCCCACCCCUGAACUCCAACCAUACACUCAUCAUUUCACAGAAUAUAAAUGAGUUACCAGUUAAACAUUUUCAGAGUAAAUAUUUCCUUUCCCCUCAAUGCAUGAAGAUAGAGUAUCAGAGUCUUAUCACACUGUAUUUUUAGAAGUAUUGGGGAUUUUCAGGAUAUGGAGAACUUAGGAGGUGGAAGAAUUACAGCUUCAAAUUUUCAGUUAAUAUAAGAAAUCAGGAAGCUCUGUUCAUUCAGGCUAUGCACCAUGUGCAUAGUCAAGAAUCAGCAGAAACCCUCUGCAUUUGCAAACCCUUUGUGCUAUAAAAAGUAAUUUUAGAAAAGCCACCUGUACAUAUAUAUAUAUAUAUA